AUGACAGACCCUCAACCGUACACCAUCUCCGUUGCUGAUGAUGCCCUCAAAGAUCUGCAGCAACGUCUAGCUUUGGCACGGUUGCCCACCCAGCUUGAGUCUGAUGAGCAGAAUCUUUGGGACUUUGGAACACCAGUCAAGGAAAUCCAGCGCCUUGUGGAGCAUUGGAAAAAUGGCUUCGACUGGCGUAAAGCGGAAGCAAAAUUGAAUGAAGUACCACAAUAUCAAACACAGGUCGAUGUGGAUGGAUUUGGUACUUUGGAUAUCCACUACGUUCAUCAAAUCAACACCAACAAGGCGGCAAUUCCCCUCUUAUUCAUCCAUGGAUGGCCUGGAUCCUUCAUGGAAGUCUUGAAACUCCUCCCUCUGCUGAAAGGGGAUGAAAGCAACCCCGGCUUCCACAUUGUAGCGCCAUCGCUACCCAAUUUUGGAUUCUCCUCCGGCGUCACUCGACGUGGAUUUGGACUCGCACAGUAUGCCGAAGCUCUAAACAAGCUCAUGAUCAAACUUGGCUAUGACAAAUACGUCACUCAAGGAGGUGACUGGGGAUUCUGGAUCACCAGAUUCAUUGGACAUCUAUAUCCAGAGCACUGUCAAGCAUCCCACAUCAACAGCGUGCUCGCCAGACCCCCCAAAUUCGCCAUUAACCCCUUACUGGCAAUACAGCACACACUAGUCCCAUACAAAGAACGAGAAAAGAAAGGUCUCGAGCGCUCCAAAUGGUUCGAUACCGAGGGCUUCGGAUACAACAAAUUACAAAGCACCAAACCGCAAACCAUCGGCAUAGCACUGCAUGACAGUCCUGUCGCACUACUAUCAUGGAUCUACGAAAAGCUUCACGAUUGGACAGACUCGUAUCCAUGGACAGACGAUGAGAUCUUGACUUGGGUUUCGAUUUACUGGUUCUCUACCGCGGGACCGGCGGCGAGCGUCCGCAUCUACUACGAGUCCAUACAUGCUGGUCCGACUAAGGGUAAGUCGCUCGAGGAUUUGCUGGGGCAUAUCCCGGUAAAGCUUGGGGUUGCACACCUUCCGCGUGAGAUUAGUGUUGUGCCUAGUACCUGGGCGGGUGUGUUAGGGCCGUUGGUCUGGGAGAGUGAACAUGCCAACGGUGGGCACUUUGCUGCCUGGGAAGUUCCCCAGGUUAUUGUCGAUGAUUUACGGGGCAUGUUUAAGAAAGGUGGUCCUUGUUAUCCGGCUGUUGCUGGCAAUGAGGGGUACUAA